CCGCUGCAGCGGCGUCAGAGCGUGUCUCGCCUGCUGCUCCCAGCUUUCCUCCGGGAGCACCCCACAGAGCCAGGGCUGGAGCCACCCCCCGAGGAGGAAGGGGGAGAGCCCGUGGGGGUCUCGGAAGAGCCGGGCAAUGGGGGUCCCUGCUGGCUGCAGCUAGAGGAGGUGCCCGGGCCCGGGCCGCUCGGGGGUGGGGGACCCCUGCGCUCCCCUUCUUCGUACUCCUCAGAUGAGCUGUCCCCUGGCGAGCCUCUGACUUCGCCCCCCUGGGCCCCCCUGGGCGCCCCUGAGCGGCCGGAGCAUCUUCUGAACCGGGUUCUGGAGCGGCUGGCCGGAGGGGCCACCAGGGACAGCGGCGCCUCAGAUAUCCUGCUGGAUGACAUCGUCCUCACCCAUUCCCUCUUUAUCCCAACGGAGAAAUUCCUGCAAGAGCUACACCAGUACUUUGUUCAGGCAAAGGGUGUGGAAGGCCCUGAGGGGCUGGGCCGAAAGCAGGCCUGUCUAGCUAUGCUCCUCCAUUUCUUGGACACUUACCAGGGGCUGCUGCAAGAGGAAGAGGGGGCCGGCCACAUCAUCAAGGAUCUGUACCUGCUAAUUAUGAAGGAUGAGUCCCUUUAUCAAGACCUCCGAGAGGACACACUGAGGCUGCAUCAGCUUGUGGAGACAGUGGAGCUAAAGAUUCCAGAGGAGAGCCAGCCGCCCAGCAAGCAGGUUAAACCACUCUUCCGUCACUUCCGCCGGAUAGAUUCCUGUCUGCAGACCCGAGUUGCCUUUCGAGGCUCAGAUGAAAUCUUCUGCCGGGUUUACAUGCCUGACCACUCUUACGUGACCAUACGCAGCCGCCUGUCAGCAUCUGUGCAGGACAUUCUGGGCUCUGUGACAGAGAAGCUGCAGUAUUCAGAAGAACCUGCAGGACGUGAGGAUUCCCUCAUCCUGGUAGCUGUGGCCUCCUCAGGAGAGAAGGUCCUGCUCCAACCCACUGAAGACUGUGUUUUCACCACGCUGGGCAUCAACAGCCAUCUGUUUGCCUGCACUCGUGACAGCUAUGAGGCCCUGGUACCCCUCCCUGAGGAGAUUCAGGUCUCCCCUGGAGACACAGAGAUCCACCGAGUGGAGCCGGAGGAUGUGGCCAACCACCUCACUGUCUUCCACUGGGAGCUGUUCCGAUGUGUUCAUGAGCUGGAGUUUGUGGACUACGUGUUCCAUGGGGAACGUGGGCGCAGGGAGACAGCCAACCUGGAGCUGCUCGAGGUCACACACUGGGUGGCCACCGAGGUGCUGCUCUGUGAGGCCCCAGGGAAACGUGCACAGCUGCUCAAGAAGUUCAUCAAGAUUGCUGCCAUCUGCAAGCAGAACCAGGACCUUCUGUCCUUCUACGCUGUUGUCAUGGGGCUGGACAACGCAGCUGUCAGCCGUCUGCGGCUUACCUGGGAGAAGCUGCCAGGGAAAUUCAAGAACUUGUUCCGCAAAUUUGAGAACCUGACGGACCCCUGUAGGAACCACAAAAGCUACCGAGAAGUGAUCUCCAAAAUGAAGCCCCCUGUGAUUCCCUUUGUACCGCUGAUCCUCAAAGACUUGACCUUCCUGCACGAGGGGAGUAAGACCCUUGUAGAUGGUUUGGUGAACAUCGAGAAGCUGCAUUCAGUGGCUGAGAAAGUAAGGACUAUUCGCAAAUACCGGAGCAGGCCCCUCUGCCUGGACAUGGAGGCCUCGCCCCAUCACCUGCAGACGAAGGCCUAUGUGCGCCAAUUUCAGGUCAUCGACAACCAGAAUCUCCUCUUCGAGCUCUCCUACAAGCUAGAGGCUAAUAGUCAGUGAAAGUGGAGGGGCCUGGUCUCCCCUCACAGGGUCUUUGGCACCUGGCACUCAGCACUUUGCAAAAUGUCCCAACCAACCCAUAUGGGAUAUCUUUCCCCUGGGGCAACUUCCUGCUCCAGAAAAGAAGA